CCCUGGAGUGAGGAGCCGGGGUGUCCCGCCUGCCCGCCUGCCCUGGCGUGGGCAUCCAGGUGGCACCAUGCUGCAGCAGAUCCUGCACGACAUGUACAUCGACCCCGAGCUCCUCUCCGAGCUCAGCGAUGUGCAGAAGCACAUCCUCUUUUACAAGAUGCGGGAGGAGCAGCUGAGGCGCUGGCGGGAGCGGGAGGCUUGGGACGCCCUGGCCCAGGCGGAGGGCCUCAGGCCCACGAAGGUCAAGCGAGCUGCGAGUGACAAGCACAUCCAGUGGCUGCUGGGGGAAGAUGGCGAGGUCUGGGUCUGGAUCAUGGGAGAAGCCCCUGGCGACAAGUCCUACGAGGAGAUCUCUGAGGAGCUGAUCGCAGAGAGGGCCCGGCGGCAGGCACAGAGGGAGGCCGAGGAGCUCUGGAGACAGAAGGAGGCAGAGAUCACCAAGAAGUUUCGGGAUGCCCUGGCCAACGAGAAAGCCCGGAUCAUGGCGGAGAAGUGGAAGGUGGAGAUGGAGGACCGCAAGGCCGCCAAAGUCCUGGAGGAGCGCAUUCACGAGGAGUUCAGGAAGAAAGAGGAAGAGGAGCGGAAGCGAGGAGAAGAGCAGAUCCGCCUCCAGGAGGAGCGCAGGGCGAAGGAGCUCUACUGGACGCUGAAGCAGGCGCAGCUGCAGAGCCCGGCCAGCGAGACCGAGGAGCGCGAGUGGGAGGAGCAGUUGCGUCGGUCCAAGGCCGCUGACGAGGAGAGGAGGCGCCGAGCCCAGCGCGCCCGGGAUGAGUACCGGCGCCUUUCGCUCCUUGCCAUCCAGAAGGGCACCGUCGCAGGCCUCAGCUUCAUGUUCUCAGAGCUUGGCCAGAGCCAUGAGCAGGAGGCCAGACUCUACCACCACUUUCCGGGCCCGGGGCCGCCGCUACCCCUCACGGGGCCUGUCAGGGCUUGGGAGCGGCCUCUGCGUCCUGUCUCCAGAGAAGUCAUAGUCCGCUGGUUCAAGGAGGAGCAGCUGCCUCGCCAGGCUGGCUUCGAGAGGAACACCAAGUCCAUCGCCCCCUGGUUCCAUGGAGGAAAUUAUCACUGUUUCAGGGGGAGAGUUGCUUCAGGAACCCUGUGGACAGAGGGACAGCCCACCAGACUACCAUCUGUUGUUUGAAUGACACCCACCCCCCUUAUCUAUUGGACUCCUUUGGGCAUCUUGUUUUUGAACCCAAGAACUCCUCAGCUCAAAUCCUUAUGGCCUUCUGGAAGAUUCACCACGGUCCAGAGGAUGAAGUAAAUUGGAAUGUCUGCAGAGUUAUGAAAUAUAUGUCAUAUGUGCUGCUGGUCCCUGUCCCAAUGUCCAGGACAGACAUUGCUAGUAGUUGAUACAGAUCUUUCAUGAAGAGUUUGGAUACGACCUCAGAAGAUGAAGCCUAUUUGUCGUGGCUGCUCUAAACUCACUCCUAGAGCCCAUGGAUCAUGUUUUUAUAAUCCAAAAUAAUUCCAGUGCCGAACUCUGAAUUUAACAUAUGGUGUCCAUUCAAUAAAUGUUGGUUGAAUGAA